GGUAUAAUGGAAGUUUGUACAAAUGUGUUUGUAGUGUGAAAGGAAAAUAGUGCAUUGUUGCUGUAGGAAUGCUGGAGGAAAUACAUUCCUUUAGGCAAAACUGAAACUUGUAACCUUCUACACACAUGGAGAAGCAACAAGUCUGCCUAAAUUGUAUGUAGAUACAUCUAUGUGAGAGAGUGUGUAUGGUACCUAGGUAUACAGGCCUGUUAUGUAUAUAGGCCCCUCUUCCACCCCAACCAGGCCAGAUCUGAAGGUGAUCCUCAUGAGUGCCACUCUCAAUGCAGAGCUAUUCUCACAGUACUUUGGUGGAGUGCCCAUGUACAAUAUUCCCAGCGUGGUGUUCCCAGUGGCCCGGUACUUCUUGGAGGACGUGCUCCAAAUGACCAGAUUUUGUCCUCCUCCCCCUACUCGGCGAGGACCUCCGAGCUGGGUGCGGCACCUGCGAGGCCAGGCCGAGGCCAUGGAGAAGAAACGAACGGAGGAACAAGAGCGGGCAGAGUACAUCGCCUCUCUGGAGGCCAAGAGAACCUACCCACCCUACGUGGUGGAGGCUCUCAGAAACAUGGAUGGUGACCAGGUCCCUCUGGAACUGAUGCUGGAGCUGGUGAAGACCAUCUGCAGGGAGGGGGAGCUGGGGGCCAUCCUGGUGUUCCUGCCCGGCUGGGACACCAUCUCCAAACUCCACGACAUGCUCAAGUCCGACCCAGUGUUCCGGUCACGCAACUACCUCAUCAUCCCGCUCCACUCGCUAAUGCCCACCUCGUUCCAGCAGUCUGUAUUUGACAGACCACCCGAGGGAGUACGUAAGAUAGUGAUAGCCACCAACAUUGCAGAGACCAGUAUAACCAUAGAGGAUGUGGUCUAUGUCAUCGACUGCGGGAAAGUCAAGGAAACUACGUAUGAUGUGACUAACCAGCUGGCGUGUUUGGAAGCAGUCUGGGUGAGUAAGGCUGCCGCAAAACAGAGGAAAGGCAGGGCUGGAAGAGUCCAACCGGGCAAGUGCUACCACCUGUUCACCAAGCACCAGCUGGAGGGACUGGCAGACUACCAGGUCCCGGAGAUGUUGAGGACACCUCUAGAGGAGCUCAUUCUUCAGAUCAAGAUCCUGAAACUCGGGGCCGUAGCUGCCUUCCUCAACAAGGCCCUCGAGCCUCCCUCCGAGACUGCUGUUCUUAAUGCCAUCACAUCCCUCCAGCAACUAGUCUGUUAAAACUAAUCACAAUACUCUAGCAUUUGCAGAAAGUUUGCUGCAUUUUUCUUGUGUGGACUAUCUCAGAGUGUUUGCUUCACAAACUACUUAUGAAUUAAACCCCACGCUAAUUAUAGUGUGGUGGCAAGGUACACAUUAUACAUAUAUUCCUGACCCCGCUUACAGAAUGCUCUUGAUGGUGAGGAGAAUCUGACCUCUCUCGGUUACCAUCUCGCCAAUCUGCCCGUGAACCCUCGUGUGGGGAAGAUCAUUCUGUUUGCUGCCAUGUUCUCUUGCCUCAGUCCCGUCCUCACCAUUGCCAGUAGCCUCGGCUUCAAAGAACCCUUUAUCAUCCCUCUGCACAAGCAAGAGGAGGCGGACGAGGUGAAGAGAAAGUUAGCAGAAGAGUCUCGCAGCGACCACAUUGCUCUGCUCAGAGCAUAUGAGGGAUGGGAAGACGCUUGUCAUGAGAGAAAUGCUAGAGACUACUGUUGGGAGCAUUUCCUCUCACACAACACUCUUGAGCUGCUGAAGAACAUGAAGAAGCAGUUCUGUGGCCUGUUGUAUGACACUGGGUUUGUCCAUUGCCCGGAUCCAGACCACGAUGAGGCCAACCACAACUCUGCCAACACCAAACUGAUCAAGGCUGUUCUGUGCGCCGGUCUCUACCCCAAUGUGGCCAAGAUCGUCCAGACACGUCCCGACAGACCACCCAAACUGUACGAUCAGGACACCAAGGUCAAGUUCCACCCAAAGUCAGUCAACUCAGACGAGACUACUUUCGACAACAAGUUUGUCAUCUACCACACCAAGGUCAAGAGCACAGCGGUGUUCCUCCAUGACACGAGUAUGAUCCUCCCUUCCCCCUCCUCUUCUUCGGAGGAAACAUCUCUGUCGAGAGAGACGGAGACCAACAGAUCAUUGCUGUCGACAAGUGGAUCAAGUUCCAGGCUCCCCACCGCAUUGCCAUGCUAGUCAAGGAGAUGCGUCACAGUUGGAUGUGUGUUUGAGAGCAGAAAGUGAGCAGUCCCGCAUGGAUCUGUACACCCCUCUGUCAGUCCCUCUGCCUCCUCACAACUCAUCCAGAGCAUCAUCGAUCUAAUUGCCUCUGAAGAUUACCAGUGGCAGGCUCAAAGGCUAGCUGCUGGUAAACACUUAUAUAUUCGCAGAGGGAAGUGAUGAACUAAUGUAAGACUAUCAAUAUUUUCAACAUCAUUAUUCUGACACAGCCAUGUGUACUGUAAACAUUUUAAUCAUGUUGCAAACCUUAUGAUG